CGGAUUUUAUAAAAAAAGUACGUAAAGUAACAUGGCUGCAUCCAGUGAACCCGCACGCGAGUGGAGUAAUGAACAGCUGAACAGUGAUGAUCUGCCCAAAAAAGACAUCGUCAAAUUUCUACAGGAUAAUGGCUCGGACUCGUUUCUUGCAGAAUAUAAAUUACUUGGAAAUAUUAAGAAUGUAGUUAAAACUGCAAAGAAAGAUCAGCUGGCCACCGCUUACAAUAAGCUUUUUGAGACUAAGCGCUUUAAAGGAAGCGAUAGUGUUGAGACUGUGACAAAAGACGUGAAAGAUGUGAAGCUAACUGAUGAAAAGGCCAAAGAAACUAAGCCGGAAGAGACCGUUGAAGAGGGCCCCCCAAAAUACACAAAGAAUAUCCUGAAAAAAGGAGACAAAACUAAUUUUCCAAAGAAAGGCGAUACAGUGCACUGCUGGUAUACAGGAACAUUGGCGGAUGGAACUGUUUUUGACUCCAACAUCCAGACUAGUUCCAAAAAGAAAAAAGCUGCCAAACCUUUAAGCUUUAAAGUUGGUGUUGGGAAAGUGAUAAGGGGGUGGGAUGAAGCACUCCUCACUAUGAGCAAAGGUGAGAAGGCUAAGCUUGAAAUUGAGGCAGAAUGGGCCUAUGGAAAAAAAGGGCUGCCAGAUGCCAAAAUCCCACCAAACGCUAAACUGUUUUUUGAAGUGGAGCUUGUGGAUGUCGAAUGAGAAAUGGCUGAAUUUCCAUUAGUAAUAAAUGACAAACACCUUUAUUACAAUUGUUUUCAACAUCUGUAUAUUGUAAAAAAAAAACAUGACUUUCACCUGUGAAUUGAGGAUAUCUUGUGGUUAAUAGAAGAUCUAUUUUUUUGUACUGGGAACAGGCCAGAUAGUGAGUGCAGGAAGUAGUACAAACAAAUCCAGCUAGCAGGCAAUAGUCAGGAUGGGGACAAUCUGAAAUGUUGUUACACAUCUGUCACAAUAAAGUAAAUAUCCGUUAUACUAAUGUUGAGCUUGGUGCAACAGUUUGGACGCAUUGGUGCAUCAGGCGAUUGGGUCUCAACAAUAAAAGUAUUAAAGCAGA